ACAGUGUUUUGGUUGGAAUUACAGAAAUUAACAUGUUUAGAUGCCCUUGUCAAUCAUCCACAUUCAUGCUGCAAUUCUGAAAUGCUAUGUUUUGGCAUGAAUAAAUAGCCAGUGUCUACCGCCAGCCACCUGGGGUGAAAGUUUCCAUUGCGUUCUGGCAGGCUGUGCCAUCUCUGCAGCAUUUAGCKCCUAUCCAUCUGUUCAUGUAAAAUACUCUGUCAGUGAUGAAAAUCACAAACAAUAUAACAUGCAUUACAUUUACAUUACCUUACCUGAAAUGAAUAACAAUGGACAGCAUCUUCAUGUUUUUGUUUGCAUGCAGUUUUAAUUUCACAUUGUGUGUGUGUGUGUGUUACGAGAGAAGCAGACACUGGUGGGUUUAUAAAUAUGCAUAGAUCUACGAAUAUGUAUAUCUGAUCUUUCGUAGGAUCAGUUUUUCUUUUCCUAUUCUCCAUCUCAUUUGUAGGCUUAUUCAGACACACCUGAGGAUGUUGGAUCUCCUCCAGUUAGGGUGGGGAUUGUGAWGAGACCGCAGGACAGAGCUAGAAGCAACCGUUUGAGUAAAGAGAGCGAUCGAAAGGAGAAAGCGAGAUUUUUUUUUUAAACUUUCAGUGACUAGAGAGUGAAUAUGGCAGACAGAGUAAUAUGUGGAAAGGGACGCAUGGCCAACCCAAAGCUCAUCACCCUGGCCUUCUCUCAGACAGAGUCCAUGAGGAAAGGAGGGGGAAAGAGGAGGAUGUUCUCCUUUUCACUCCGUUGUCGGCUCGGGAUCAUCAGAGGGAGGACCAAAGACGAUGGGCCAUACUCUAAGGGCAGCAAGGACUCUGGAGGAACCGACCAUGCCCUUACCUCCAGGAGACGCAGUAUUAAUAAAGAGGAAUACUGGGGCAUGACCACGUUGGACCUGAUAAAAAGGGAGGGCAGCAGCCUGGGCCUCACCAUCUCCGGGGGGUCCGAUAAGGACGGCAAGCCCAGAGUGUCAAACCUGCGGCCAGGUGGGCUAGCUGCCAGGAGUGACCAGCUGAAUGUGGGAGACUACAUCAAGUCCGUGAACGGCAUCAACCUGUCCAAGCUCCGCCACGAUGAGAUCAUCAGCCUGCUGAAGAACAUAGGAGAGCGUGUGUUUCUGGAAGUGGAUUACGAACUACCUCCUUUUGUCCAGAACACUCCCACAAGUGUUAUAGUUAAGACUAUAGAGGUGUGCCUAUACAAGGAGGGCAACAGCUUUGGAUUCGUCAUGAGAGGAGGGUUCCAUGAAGACUGGCACAGGUCUCGUCCUCUGGUAGUGACCUACGUACGGCCCGGGGGUCCAGCUGAUAGGAGGGCACACUGAAGGCUGGUGACCGUGUGCUGAGCAUAGGCGGGAUGCCCUUAACCGAGAGAAGCAUGCUGACGCUCUGACUAUGCUGAUGCAGUGUAGCCAGGAAGCCCUGUUCCUGAUUGAGUAUGAUGUCUCCCUCAUGGAGUCAGUGCAGCAGGCCUCUGGCCCCCU